AUGGGUACCGCCUCCGAGCAUACCCCCCUCGUCACCACGGUGAAGGUGGAGGCUGUUCCUCGGCGCCGAUAUUCUCACCCUGUCGCCCGCCGAUUCUUUACCCUUUCUUUCUCAUCCAUCCUCGUUUGGUUCUCCCUCUUCUUCAUCGCCUCCUUCACUCUCCUUCCCCGUCCUUCAUCUUGGCCCGGCUGCGGUCAUGAUCGAAGCAAGGUAGACUAUGAGCAGUUGCGCCAGCUGCUUCUUGACACUCCCAGCAGUGAACAGGCUGAGGAGUGGCAAAAAUACUACACUGCCGGCCCCCAUCUUGCUGGCAAGAACUACUCUCAGGCACUCUGGACAAAGGAAAAAUGGGAAGAGUUUGGUGUCAAGUCACACAUUGUAGACUACGAAGUAUACAUUAAUUAUCCAGUCGACCAUAGGCUGGCCCUCCUGAAGAAGGAGGACAAGAAGGACGACAGCAGCUCGGACAACUGGAAGGUUUCAUUUGAAGCCACUCUUGAGGAGGACAUCCUUGCCGAAGAUCCGAGCACAAGUUUGCCCGAGAGAGUCCCCGUUUUCCACGGCUAUUCUGCUUCUGGCAACGUCACCGCGCCCGUGGUGUAUGUUAACUAUGGCACAUACCAGGAUUUUGAUGACCUGCUCAAGGCCAACGUCAGUCUUGCCGGAAAGAUCGCCAUCGCUCGUUAUGGCCUCAUCUUCCGUGGGCUCAAGAUCAAGAGGGCGCAGGAGCUGGGAAUGAUCGGCGUUAUUCUUUACAGCGACCCCGGUGAUGAUGGUGAAAUGACCGAGGAAAACGGCUACGCGCCUUACCCCGAAGGACCGGCUCGCCAGCCUAGCAGUGUCCAGCGUGGAAGCACACAGUUCCUCAGUGUUGCUCCAGGCGACCCGACAACACCGGGCUACCCUUCCAAACCUGGUGUGCCUCGUGGGCCGGUUGACGGAGCUAUUCCCAGCAUUCCCUCGAUUCCCAUCUCUUAUGCCGAGGUCCUGCCGAUUCUCAAGGCCCUCAACGGUCAUGGUCCCAAGGCCGCGGACUUCAACAAAUGGUGGACUCAUCAGACUGGUCUGGGCUACAAGGGUGUAGAUUACAACAUUGGACCGACGCCAGAUGACGUUGUUGUGAAUCUCUACAAUGAGCAGGAAUAUGUUACCACUCCUCUGUGGAACGUUAUUGGUAUCAUCAACGGUACCAUUCCGGAUGAGGUGAUUGUUAUCGGUAACCAUCGCGAUGCCUGGAUUGCAGGCGGUGCUGGUGAUCCCAACAGCGGAUCCGCAGUUCUCAACGAGGUCAUCCGCUCCUUUGGAGAAGCACUGAAGCUUGGCUGGAAGCCCUUGCGCACCGUCGUCUUCGCCAGCUGGGACGGUGAAGAAUACGGUCUUCUCGGAUCCACCGAAUGGGUAGAGGAGUAUCUUCCUUGGUUGAGUGCUGCCAAUGUUGCCUAUCUGAACAUCGACGUCGGAGUCCGGGGCAAGGUCUUCUCGGCCUCUGCCGCUCCUCUUCUCAACAGCAUCAUCUAUGCUGCCACCGGGGCCGUCGAGUCGCCCGACCACCCGGGCCAUUCCAUUCUCGAGAAGAACUGGGAUAAGAAGAUCACCACCAUGGGAAGCGGCAGCGAUUUCACCGCCUUCCAGGACUUCGCCGGAAUCCCCUCCUUGGAUGUCGGUUUCAACGCCGGCGAAGACGACCCGGUCUACCACUACCACAGCAACUACGACAGCUUCUACUGGAUGAAGAAAUACGGCGACCCGGGCUUCGUCUACCACAGAACCAUGGCCCAGAUCUUCGGGCUCCUCAUCGCCGAGCUCGCCGACCUCCCCGUUCUCGCCUUCAGCGCCGAGAGCUAUGCCACUGCGCUCGACGGCUACGUCAGCCAGGUAGAAGACAAGCUCGACGCCGCGCUCCAUCCUCCCAAGGAGGAGGAGAUUGCCAUCUCUACCCUCACCGAGCAAAGCAUUUCCGAGUUACGCGGCAGACACUACAACACCAGCAACACAGCCAUCACACCCGCAAGCUCCAACGCCGCUCUAGCCUUCCGCGACUCUCUCAAACGCCUCCACGACGCAGUCGGCAAGCUGACGGAGAAGGCGGCCCGCCUCGACGCCGAGGCUGAGGACCUCAGGAGCCAGGCAAGAGAGCACAUCCCAUGGUAUCACUGGCACCAGAAGAUCAAGCUGGGGUAUCAGAUCCGUAAGCUCAAUACCAAGUACAAGUACAUCGAGAGGAGCUUCUUGUUUAGCCAGGGGUUGGAUGGCAGACCGUGGUUCAAGCAUGUCGUGUUUGCGCCGGGAUUGUGGACUGGGUAUUCUGGAGCCGUGUUCCCCGGUCUUGUAGAGAGCAUUGAUGCGAGGGAUUGGACUAACGCUGAGAAAUGGGUUGAUAUCAUUGAUGCUUGCAUUAAAAAUGCGGCGAGGAAGUUGUGA